GCUUCUGCCAGCGGAAAAUGGCUGCUGCAACCCAAGUCCAUCCUGAUACACAGAAACGACGUAAAGGUGGAGAGAGAGAGAGAGAGAGGAGAGAAGGAUUAGAAAAUGAGAGCAGAGAGUGAGAUAGAACGAGAGAGUGACAGAGUGAGGGUGUGAGUGUCCGCGUGUGUGUUCUGGCGAAGGGGGGGAUCUAAAGGACAGGGAUACCGGGGCAGGGAGCUCGAAGCAGCGGCUACACCGAGACAUGGAGGGCGAUGUGCGUGUUCGAGCCGUGGUGAUGACGCGUGACGACUCCAGUGGCGGCUGGGUACCCCUGGGGGGCGGCGGCCUCAGUCACGUGGUAAUAUGUAAGGGGAGGAGCCAUGAAGGCAGGGGGCGGAGAGAAUACAUUGUACGCGGAGAGCGGCUACGCGACCGAGCACCGGUGCUGGAGUGUGCUGUGCAGAAGGGGCUGGUCUACAACAAAGUGAACCCUAUCUUUCAUCACUGGCGCGUGGAGGAACGUAAGUUUGGCCUGACGUUCCAGAGUCCUGCUGACGCCAUCUCCUUCGAGCGCGGCCUACAGGCAGUCAUCGAUAAACUGGAACGCGGCUCUGAAUCUCCUUCCUCCUCCACGCCUGAAGAGGGCGACACUGAGGACGAUGGUCAAGCAGUGAGUGGCUUCAUCCUUUUAUACAGAUCCAGGAUCAGGUUAGAUCCAGGAUCAGACGGUCAUGUGAUUGUGUCAGUCCUGGAUCAAGACGGUCAUGUGAUUGUGUCGGUCCUGGAUCAAGACGGUCAUGUGAUUGUGUCCGUCCUGGAUCAAGACGGUCAUGUGAUUGUGUCGGUCCUGGAUCAAGACGGUCAUGUGAUUGUGUCGGUCCUGGAUUAUGUUGUGUACUGA